AUAAGUAUGUCAACUAAGAUAGAAAAUUUCUCCACAGAUAUUGUUAAUACAGGAGUUCAAGAUGUUGGUCCUUAUGCAGGCUCCCUUAAUUUUUCUAUUAAGGUUCGACGAGGUUUACCCAACUUUCUCAAUUCUGUGAACCUUAAAUAUGUGAAGCUUGGCUAUCAAUAUGUCAUUAACCAUGGCUUCUACAUUCUAAUCGUGCCAUUUGUGGCCAUAUUUUGUAGUGCCCAACUAGGUAAACUCAUAUGGGAUGACUAUGACCUGGGUUAUGAUUUUUCAAGUGUCAUUAUGUUUCUAGGACUGUUAUACUUGGUUCAUCUUGUUUAUGUGAAGUUUCUUCUUCCAAGACCUAUCUUCUUAGUGGAUUUUGCUUGUUAUUGCCCACCAAAGGAGCUUAAGGUUUCAAAGGAGAAAUUUAUGGAGUUGGCUAGAAAAUCAGGUAACUUUGAUGAAAAAACAUUGAGAUUUCAAGAGAAAGCUAUUAAAUUAUCUGGGAUUGGAGAUGAAACAUAUCUACCCAAGACAAUAUUUCACCCUGGAUUCAACAAAAAUCUCAAGGAAUCUAGAGAAGAAGCAGCAAUGGUGAUUUUUGGAGCUGUUGAUGAUCUUUUAGCUGCUACAAAAAUCAAGCCAAAAGACAUAUCUAUUCUUAUUGUCAACUGUAGUACACUUAACACCACACCAUCACUUUCUGCCAUGGUAAUCAAUCAUUACAAGCUUAAGAACAAUAUUCAGAGCUUCAAUCUUGGUGGCAUGGGUUGUGCUGCUGGAACUGUGGCUAUUGAUUUGGCUCAAGACCUCUUGAAUGUUUAUCCGGGAUCAUAUGCACUCGUUGUUAGUACUGAGAUCGUUAGCCAUACAUGGUAUACAGGAAAAGAUUUGGACAUGAUGCUCCCUAAUUGCUUUCUUAGAAUGGGAGGUGCUGCUAUGCUUCUCUCAAAUCGCCGCUUUGCUCGUUUUAAGGCCAAGUAUGAGUUAAAACAGGUGGUUCGCACCCAUAAGGGGAUAGACAAUAAAAGCUUCAACAGCAUAUACCUAAAAGAAGAUGAAGAAGGGAAGUUAGGCAUCUCAGUGAGCAAAGAUGUGUUAGAAAUUGGAGGACAUGCGGUUAAGGCUAACAUCACCACUCUUGGGCCACUAGUCUUGCCAUUUGCUGAACAAUUUCAAUUCUUCACUACUUUGCUCUUUAAAAACAACUCAUCUAGACCUUACAUUCCGAACUACAAGCAAGCAUUCGAUCACUUCUGCAUCUUGGCUACGAGCAAGAAAGUGCUCGAUGAAUUCGAGAAGAACUUAGAGCUCACCAAGGAACACAUGGAAGCAUCAAGGAAAACAUUAGAGAGAUUUGGCAACACCUCUUCUAGUAGUGUUUGGUAUGAGUUAGCUUACUUGGAAGCUAAUAAUAAAAUGAAGAGAGGUGAUAGAAUUUGGCAAAUAACAUUUGGAUCUGGUUUUAAGUGCAAUAGUGCUGUGUGGAGGGCUCUUAGGAACAUUCAAAGGCCUAAGAAGAGUCCAUGGUUUCAUCAAGAGGAGACAAUUUAG